UACCGUACUCCAAAAAAUGUGUUAUAAUUAUACCAAUAAACACACCCACUUCACCUCAUCAUGAGUUUACGUUACUUUCCCCCAUAAUACAAAUGUUCUCUACGAAAAAAAAUAAAAAAUAACAUAACUACAGCUCAGAUUCCCAUCAAUCACCAAUAAACUUUAGCCCCAUAUUUUCCCCACACAUUUAAUUUAUAUGCUCCCCUAAUUCGCCAAAUUUUGACACUGCGGCAACUCUUAUGCCGUCUCUCUCUCUCUCUCAUCAACUCUUCCAAAUUUGAAUCAAUUCCAUCAUUUUCACUUCUCUCUCACAUUUCCAUCAUUCUCUCGCAAGGGCAAUGUUAUGCAGGAAAAGUUCAGUGAAAAGUAGGCGUGGAUCGAUGGCUGUGAAUCUAAAUGUGUAUGAUCUAACCUCAAUGAAUGGCUAUGCCUACUGGCUUGGACUUGGGGUCUACCAUUCUGGUGUUCAAGUUGAUGGAGUGGAGUAUGCAUUUGGAGCUCAUGAAUAUCCGACAACUGGGAUAUUCGAAGGCCACCCAAAGCAAUGCGAUGGCUUCACAUUUCGGAAAUCUAUUCUGAUAGGCUAUACCGAUAUGAGUCCCGGUGAGGUGCGAGCGCUGAUGGAGGAUUUCUCUUCCAAAUACAAAGGAAAUGCAUACAAUCUCAUCACCAAAAAUUGCAACCAUUUUUGCAACGACGCUUGUCUUAGGCUCACCGGCUCGCCCAUCCCCAGCUGGGUCAAUCGCCUCGCCCGCAUAGGUUCGCUUUGUCAUUGCAUCAUUCCUACCAACUUGAACUCGACUAAAGUGGGAGUGGGACACCAUAAAGUUGAAGACAAUAUGGAGAAGAAGAAGCUAAGGAGCCGCUGCAAUAGCUUCUCUACUUCCUCCUCCAAUUCCUCGUCUUCGCCUCCCUUAGCGGCUACCAUUCGCGGCAGAACCUCUCUGCCCUCGCAUUUCGUUAUUAAUUCCAUUGCAAACUAGCUACGUAUCUCAAAAUAUCAAAUUUUUGGCAUACUUAAAAUUUACUUUUUUUUUUCUUUUUUCUUAAUUUUCCUUUUCUUGUGUAAUCUUAUAACGUUAAUAGUUUGGUGUGAGGAAGCAGUCAUGCGAAAACCUGUACAUGAACAUUCGCAAGUGAAAUGUGACUUCUUUUUUCAA